UGCCACAAAUCCAAACUCAAUUUACUUGCCUAGCAAUCUUCAUUCUGCAUUGAGCUCGAAGCAUUAAUUCUUUUACAGAAAGAAAACAAACAAUCAAAACAUAAAAGUCUGAAAAUGGCAACGGAUGGGACCACUUUUCCUGAAGGAGAUGCAGAAGCUGAGCUCAAUCCUGGACAGAACAAGAGUUUCGAAGUAGAUCCUGUUUCUUCAGAGAUUGCUUCCGACAAGAUACAACAGCAUUUGGAAAGGAAGGAAAACGCAAAGGCAAAGAGAGACGCAACCCAAACGUUGAAGAAGACGAUUAUCAUAUCAGCCGUGAUCGUGGCCGUAGCGGGAGCCGCCUUCGCUAUCACCAAAAAGCUUAAAGAGAAAUGAUUUUGAUUUACAAAAGUUAAUCCUCAAUUUUCGUCUUUUAUAUAUGUAAUUUUUAUUAUUUUAUAACGAAACUAAGAGAAUACAUCUAUAAUUAUAAUAUAUAUAUAUAUAUAUGUUAUUAUCAUUAUUUCCAAAUUUAAUAAUGCAAUGUAAUAUUAAUUAAUAUGAUUUUGCUUU